AUGAGGGUGCUGCUGAUUUUGAGUGUGCUGCUGGGGGCCACCCUUGGCUUAGAGAACUUUGUGGGGCACCAGGUGCUUCGAAUCUCUGCAGCCGAUGAAGCCCAGGUGCAGAAGGUGAAGGAGCUGGAGGACCUCGAGCAUCUGCAGCUGGACUUCUGGCGGGGUCCUACCCGGCCUGGCUCCUCCAUCGAUGUUAGAGUGCCCUUCCCCAGCAUCCAGGCUGUCAAGAUCUUCCUGGAGGCACAUGACAUCCCCUACAGCAUCAUGAUCGAGGAUGUGCAGUCACUGCUGGAUGAGGAACAGGAACAGAUGUUCGCCUUCCAGGCCCGGGCCCGCUCCACUGACAGCUUUAGUUACGCCACCUACCACACCCUGGACGAGAUCUACAGCUUCAUGGACAUGCUGGUGGCUGAGAACCCACAGCUUGUCAGCAAGAUGGAGAUCGGGAGAACCUAUGAAAAUCGUCCUAUCUACGUGCUAAAGUUCAGCACUGGCGCGAAUAAUCGUCCAGCCAUCUGGAUCGACACAGGCAUCCAUUCCCGGGAGUGGGUCACCCAGGCCAGCGGGAUCUGGUUUGCAAAGAAGAUCACACAGGACUAUGGCCAGGACACAGUUAUCACCAGCAUUCUGAACAACAUGGACAUCUUUCUGGAGAUCGUCACCAAUCCUGAUGGCUUCGCCUUUACCCACAGCAAGAAUCGCCUGUGGCGCAAGACCCGAUCUGUCACAGCUGGCUCCAGUUGCGUUGGUGUGGACCCCAACAGGAACUGGGACUCUGCCUUUGGGAUGCCUGGGGCCAGCAACAACCCCUGCACAGAGACCUACCAUGGCAAGAACGCCAAUUCCGAAAAGGAGGUCAAGUCCAUCGUUGACUUUGUGAAGAGCCACGGGAACAUCAAGGGCUUCAUCUCCAUCCACAGUUACUCCCAGCUCCUCCUCUAUCCUUAUGGCUACACCAAGACCCCAUGCCGCGACCAGCAAGAGCUGGACCAGCUGGCUGCGGCGGCUGUGAAGGCCCUGGCCUCUCUGUAUGGGACCAAGUACACAUAUGGCAGUACCUACACCACCAUUUACCAAGCCAGUGGAAACACCGUUGACUGGACCUAUGACCAGGGCAUCAAGUACUCCUAUACUUUUGAGCUCCGGGACACCGGGCGCUAUGGCUUCCUGCUGCCUGCCUCCCAGAUCAUCCCCACCGCCCAGGAGACCUGGCUGGCACUUCUGACCAUCAUGGAGCACGUCUUGAAAAACCCCUACUGA